UGUGACUCAGAUUAUGGCGUGGGAAUUCAACAGAUUUUAGAGUUCAAUGAGUACAAACAAUGCACGGCCCGGCUUGCAUCCACAUUGUUGUCUGCUUCUUCUACGUUGUGGUCCCCACGACGUGAUGCCUACGACGCCUGCAGGAAGCAACGCCCAUAUCUAUAGCGGCCGACAGCAUGAUCUCACGGGAUUCUUGUUUUCUGUCUCGGGCGGAUAUGCUCGUUCCGGUUGCUUGAAAACCCAACGCCAAGGUGUAGCGGCGACCUCUGCUAAGUACAUAAAUUGGGACUGGUGCAUCAAGAUGAUCCCCAAAGCAACUGGAAUAUCAGGCUCGCCAUGCGCGUUAGGAAAGGCUUGGAACCGGAACAAACGCUCCUUUCCACCGUCAUGGACUUUUAUGGCCGAAAAGCGGACGAAUUUAUGCGCCAUCUGGCUGCGUAUUUCUGUUUCCGGAGAAAACGCGUCUCCACGAUCACACGUGAUCGCCUCUAGAGAGGCGCAUAAAUGCUGCUUUGGAUCACCUCGAGGCCCUUAUCAGCAAUGCAGUACCAUUAUCGAGGGCCUUGUCUUCCUGUCUAGGAAGAUGUUCCUCUACUGUUGACGAAGCGGUGGCGUUAUGAAUAGGGGACCCUAUAAAGGAUGUCGACGUGGUUCCAUCCGAAAUAGAGACACAAUUUAUGGACAGGGG